AUGCAAUGGAAGAUUGGCUUUACUUUUGGCUUAAUUUGCCAAUUCGCAAACUUAUACUGCCACCUUAUUCUGAAAACUCUGAGAAGUCCUGAUGGCGCCGGAGGCUAUCAAAUGCCCAAGGGAUUCUUGUUCAACUUUGUGACUUGCGCGAACUACGCAACUGAGAUCUAUCAGUGGCUUGGUUUCAAUAUUGCAACGCAAACUUUCGCUGGUUAUCUGUUUGUUGCAGUUGGUACUUAUUUCAUGUAUCACUGGGCUGUCGGAAAGCACCAGAGAUUGGUUAAGUUGUUUGAUGGAAAAGAUGGAAGGCCAAAGUUUACAAGACGAUGGGUGCUGCUUCCUCCAUUUUACUGAAGUGAUCUAAAAGUUCUUAAUGUUGGCUACUGUGUUUGCUUUGCCAGUUUCAUGUGGGAA